AUGCCAGUGUCGUACGCAGCAGUGCUGAGAAUGAAACCAGACGUCUCCUCGUCGCUGCUCAGUUCAUGGCCCCGGCCUCCACACGGACAUGACCACGGCAGAGGGCUGGUGACACCUGACUUGCCGGCAUCCUUCUCCAACCAUCAUCUGUCUACCCUCAGUAUGCUCAGCUCUCAGGAGGAAUACAGGAGCCAAGGUCAGUCAAUCAGUCAAUCAGUCCUGGUUAAUAGUCUACUCCAUUUUUUUUGUGUGUGUGGAAUUUUCGUUGUUGGACGUAAAAGACUGUAAAAAAAACACCAGGACAUCAGCUCCAAGUGAUUUUAAUUUAAGAAAUCUGUUCCCAAGUAUUCCCCCGGAUAGAAGAUACAUUGUAUACAAAUGUAAGCAAGGUUUGAAAUUAUUAUGUUUUAGUCAAACAUUAUAUCUGUUUGGGCAUCUUGCGGUCAAUUUGCAGUCUACAAAUUAUUUGUAAUUAUGUUCCGGCCCCCCCGAACAUCCGCUCAAGAAAACAUCGUCCCGCGGCUGAAUCUAGUUGAUGAUCCCCGCUUUAUUACCUCAGACACUCACAGCUUUAUAGUGUAGUUGACUGAAUGGUGUUCUGAGAAAUAUGUAGAAACAGGAAAUGUUUGCAUCAGCAGAGCUACUGCUAAGUGUCAAUGUAAUAAUAGAGAAUGAGCAGUAGAGGUGAUGUAGCAUACAGUAGCCUAGCCUGGAACUAGCAUAGCAGCAAUAGCAUGAGAGCAUAUCAUAGCAUAUACCAUGGCAACACAGCAGUAAUAGAAGGUAAUAGCGUAAGUUAAUUAGCAUUAGCAUAAGAGAGCAGGUAAUCGCAAUAGCAUAGCUUAGCAUAAAAGUGACUAUAGCAUGUAAUGACAAUAGCAUCGAGCAGUAGUGAGGGAUAACAUAGAUGAUAAAUAAUAUCUAUAGCAACUGAGGUAGCAUAUGACAGUGGAAUAUUAGCAUUAGCAAGUAACAGUAGCAAACACCAUAUAAAGUGUCUUAUAAUGUGCAAUGGUAAUAACUAUAACCCAGCAAUAAUGGCAACAAUAACAGUUAAAUAGCAGUUAACUGAUAGACAAGGGCAUAUAAGGGAACUAAAUGCUAAUAGCAGCAGUAUUAACAAGCACACAACACACUCUUUACAAUGGGGGAAUCCAGCUAGCAUGCUAACCAUAUAGAAGUAUGCCAGAAGUGACCAGAAACCAGUUGGGAUUUGUAGUUUGUUAAGGGAUUUUGUGCCGUUGGACUACAACAACCAUUUUGGCUACAUAGCAAGCCCGUUGUAAGGGAUGUUUUUCAUGACUCAGCAGGUCUUAAGGGAACUGGCCCGCACUACCGUACCUCCUUGCCCGUCCAAAUAAAAUAUUAAAAUAUUCACCAUUUAUUUGACCGAGACUCGCACUGACAGAAGACGCAUCAAUCUCAGAUGAAGCAUCUGAGCGAGCGAAACAGUGCCCCUCUGUCUCAGUAUGUGUGUCAUACUCUUUUUGUCCAGACAGCAUUAGAUACAUGCGCUACAUAUAGUAAGACAGAGGGGCGCUGUUUCACUCGCUCGGAUGCUUUCUCCAGUGAGAUACACUACCCGUCAAAAGUUUUAGAACACCUACUCAUUCAAGGAUUUUUCUUUAUUUUUGCACCAAAUACAAUGCUCUUAGUUUUAGAGAUGUUCAGGGCCAGUUUAUGACUUGCCACCCCAUUCCAAAACAGACUGCCAUUCUUUGUUAAGGGUUUCAGUGACUUAAUUAGCUGUGGUUGCUGAUGCGUAUAUGGUUGAAUCAUCAGCAUACAUGGACACACAUACUUUGUUUAAUGCAAGUGGCAGGUCAUUGGUAAAAAUAGAAAAGAGGGCCUAGAGAGCUGCCCUGCGGUACACCACACUUUACAUGUUUGAUAUUAGAGACGCUUCCAUUAAAGAAAACCCUCCGAGUUCUAUUAGAUAGAUAGCUCUGAAUCCACGAUAUGGCAGAGGUUGAAAAGCCGUAAGACAUAUGUUUUUUUCAACAACAGGUGAUGGUCAAUAAUAUCAAAGGUUGCACUGAAAUCUGACAGUACAUCUCCCACAAUCUUCUUACUAUCAAUAUCUUUCAACCAAUCAUCAGUCAUUUGUGCCAGUGCAGUACAUGUUUAGUGCCCUUCUCUAUAAGCAUGCUGAAAGUCUGUUGUUAAUCUGUAUACAGAGAAAUAGCAGUGUAUUUGGUCAAACACAAUUAUUUCCAACAGUUUGCUAAGAGCAGGCAGCAAGCUGAUAGGUCUGCUGUUAGAACCAGUAAAGGCUGCUUUACCACUCUUGGGUAGUGGAAUGACUUUGGCUUCCCUCCAGGCCUGAGGACAAAGACUUUCCUCUAGGCUCAGAUUAAAUAUAUGACAGAUAGGAGUGGCUAUAGAGUCAGCUACCAUCCUCAGUAGCUUUCCAUCUGAAUUGUUAAUGCCAGGAGGCUUGUCAUUAUUGAUAGUUUACAAUCAUUUUUCCACCUCUCCAACACUAACUUUACAAAAUUCAAACUUGCUAUGCUUUUCUUUCAUUAUUUGUUUUUUUAUGCAUGAACACGAUGGCUCACUGUUUGUUGUUGGCAUUUCCUGCCUAGGUUUGCCCACUUUGCCAAUUAAGUAAUCAUUAAAAUAAUUGGCAACAUCAAAUUGUUUUGUGAUGAAUAAGCCAUCUGAUUCGAUGGAGAUGGAGUUGAAUUUGUCUUUCUGCCCAUAAUUUAAUUUAAAGUACUCCAAAGUUUUUUUUCUUCCCAUCAUUCUUUAUAUCAUUGAUCUUGGCUUCAUAAUACAGUUUCUUCUUCUUUUUUUAAGUUUAGUCUCAUAAUUUCUCAAUUUGCAGUUAGUCAGCCAGUCAGAUGUGCAGCCAGACUUAUUAGCCACUCCUUUUGCCCUGUCUCUUUCAACCAGACAGUUUUUCAAUUCCUCAUCAAUCCAUGGAGCCUUAACAGUUCUAACAGUCAGUUUCUUAACAGGUGCAUGUUUAUUAAUAAUUGGAAGAAGCAAUUUCAUUAAUUAAUCAAGUGCAGCAUCUGGAUGCUCCUUAUUAAUCACAUCAGACCAACAAAUAUUUUUAACAUCAUCCACAUAAGAGUCACAGCAACAUCUUUUAUAUGAUCUCUUAUACACUAUUUUAGGCCCAGCUUUUGGAACUUUGGCUUUCCUGGAUAUAGCCACUAUAUUGUGAUCAGUGCAUCCAAUGGAUACGGAUACAGCUUCAGAACAAAGUUCUACAGUAUUAGUAAAAAUGUGAUCAGUACAUGUGGAUGAUCUUGUUCCUGUAGUGUUUGUAAACACCCUGGUAGGUUGAUUAAUAACCUGAACCAGAUUACAGGCACUGUUUACAGUGAGAAGCUUCCUCUUGAGCGGACAACUUGAUAAAAACCAGUCAAUAUACAGUGGGGAAAAAAAGUAUUUAGUCAGCCACCAAUUGUGCAAGUUCUCCCACUUAAAAAGAUGAGAGAGGCCUGUGAUUUUCAUCAGAGGUACACGUCAACUAUGACAGACAAAAUGAGAAAAAAAAUCCAGAAAAUCACAUUGUAGGAUUUUUUAUGAAUUGAUUUGCAAAUUAUGGUGGAAAAUAAGUAUUUGGUCAAUAACAAAAGUUUCUCAAUACUUUGUUAUAUACCCUUUGUUGGCAAUGACACAGGUCAAAUGUUUUCUGUAAGUCUUCACAAGGUUUUCACACACUGUUGCUGGUAUUUUCGCCCAUUCCUCCAUGCAGAUCUCCUCUAGAGCAGUGAUGUUUUGGGGCUGGGCAACACAGACUUUCAACUCCCUCCAAAGAUGUUCUAUGGGGUUGAGAUCUGGAGACUGGCUAGGCCACUCCAGGACCUUAAUGCUUCUUACGAAGCCACUCCUUCGUUGCCCGGGCGGUGUGUUUGGGAUCAUUGUCAUGCUGAAAGACCCAGCCACGUUUCAUCUUCAAUGCCCUUGCUGAUGGAAGGAGGUUUUCACUCAAAAUCUCACGAUACAUGGCCCCAUUCAUUCUUUACUUUACACGGAUCAGUCGUCCUGGUCCCUUUGCAGAAAAACAGCCCCAAAGCAUGAUGUUUCCACCCCCAUGCUUCACAGUAGGUAUGGUGUUCUUUGGAUGCAACUCAGCAUUCUUUGUCCUCCAAACACGAAGAGUUGAGUUUUUACCAAAAAGUUAUAUUUUGGUUUCAUCUGACCAUAUGACAUUCUCCCAAUCCUCUUCUGGAUCAUCCAAAUGCACUCUAGCAAACUUCAGAUGGGCCUGGACAUGUACUGGCUUAAGCAGGGGGACAAGUCUGCACUGCAGGAUUUGAGUCCCUGGCGGCGUAGUGUGUUACUGAUGGUAGGCUUUGUUACUUUGGUCCCAGCUCUCUGCAGGUCUUUCACUAGGUCCCCCCGUGUGGUUCUGGGAUUUUUGCUCACUGUUCUUGUCAUCAUUUUGACCCCACGGGGUGAGAUCUUGUGUGGAGCCCCAGAUCGAGGGAGAUUAUCAGUGGUCUUGUAUGUCUUCCAUUUCCUAAUAAUUGCUCCCACAGUUGAUUUCUUCAAACCAAGCUGCUUACCUAUUGCAGAUUCAGUCUUCCCAGCCUGGUGCAGGUCUACAAUUUGGUUUCUGGUGUCCUUUGACAGCUCUUUGGUCUUGGCCAUAGUGGAGAUUGGAGUGUGACUGUUUGAGGUUGUGGACAGGUGUCUUUUAUACUGAUAACAAGUUCAAACAGGUGCCAUUAAUACAGGUAACGAGUGGCGGACAGAGGAGCCUCUUAAAGAAGAAGUUACAGGUCUGUGAGAGCCAGAAAUCUUGCUUGUUUGUAGGUGACCAAAUACUUAUUUUCCACCAUAAUUUGCAAAUAAAUUCAUUAAAAAUCCUACAAUGUGAUUUUCUGGAUUUUUUUCCCUCAAUUUGUCUGUCAUAGUUGACGUGUACCUAUGAUGAAAAUUACAGGCCUUCUCAUCUUUUUAAGUGGGAGAACUUGCACAAUUGGUGGCUGACUAAAUACUUUUUUCCCCCACCGUACUCUGUUUCAAUCACAUACACUAUCAAGCAUUUCACACAUAUUAUUUAGAUACUGACUGUUCACACUUGGUGGCCUAUAGCAACCCCCCAAAAUAAAAGGCUUUAGAUGUGCCAAGUGAACCUGCAACCACAACACUUCAAUAACACUUGACAUAAGAUCUUCUCUAAGCAUUACAGGGAUAUGGCUCUGAAUAUACAGUAUAUAGCAACUCCUCCCCCAUAAGCAUUUCUGUCUCUUAUAUAGAUGUUACAUCCUUGUAUUGCUGCUGCUGUAUCAUCAAAUGAAUUAUCUAAGUGAGUCUCAGAAAGGGCUAAUAUAUGAAUGUUAUCUGAUGUUAUCAAGUUAUUGAUUUCAUGAACCUUAUUUCUAAGGCUAUAUAUAUUAAUAUGGGCUAUUUUCAGUCCUUUCCUGGGUAGCUUAACAGAGAUAGACAUAAUACUGAAAAGAGCAAACAAAGCAAGAUAAAAUAAUAUAAGCUAUGAACCCAUAGGCUUGGCUCUCUCAUCCCUUCCAGGCUUCUGGGAAGGAGGGUGGACAAUGAGCCUGUCAUAUAUGAUGGAAGCAAUGUCCCCAUGCGCUCUGUCAGCUUUCACGGCUGGGAUCAGUUCUUUCCUCUUCUGGCGCACAGCUUCAGGAUAGUCCUCGUUGAGGAAGAUAUACGUUCCUCUCAAGUUCUUGGCUCUUUCCAGAACAGCUACCUUGUCCUUGAACCUCAGGAACUUGACCACUAUCGGCCUGGGUCUGUCACCUGGGCCGGUGGUGGGUUUUCCAGUCCUGUGGGCGUGCUCCACCUCCAUCUUCCUGUGGUCCAUCUUCAAUUUCUCAGAGAUCAUUUCCCUCACUUUGUCCUCAGACUCCGUCCACAACCAUGUUGUUCCACCUUGAUUGUCCCUCGAGAUCUGAUUUAUCCGUCAUUGUUAUCAUGGAUUCACACACAGAACUGUCCUCUCAAUGACUUUCAGAUUGCUGUCAUCUUGCCGUUCUCCUGUUUCACCUAAUCGAGCUCAACUCAUUGAGCUGACCCUGGGAGAACUGCAAACUGUUCUUCAGGUCCUGGACCUCUCUGGUCAGGUGGUCCAGUCUUUUAUUAGUUGAAUCCACACUUGAAGCUAUUUUCUUGUUGUUGUAACAACUCCUUGUAGAUCUAUUUUCGUUUAAAAGAUCCUUCACGUGUGAUAGAGAGACAACUCUGUCCUCAACAACACUGGCUUUGGUCUUUGUCAUGGUAGCUAGCAACGUACACUACCAGUCAAAAGUUUUAGUGUGUUGUGUGCCUCCAAUCAAGUUGAUUAACACAUUUUUAUAGAGAUUGAUGUAAUAUUGGCUUAGAUACAGUACCAGUCAAAACUCUGGACACACCUACUCAUUCAAGGGUUUUCUAUUUUUUUUACAUUGUAGAAUAAUGUUAAGACAACAAAACUAUGAAAUAACACAAAUGGAAUCAUAUAGUAACGAAAAAAGUGUUAAACAAAUCAAAAUAUAUUUCAGAUUUUAGAUUCUUCAAAUAGCCACCCUUUGCCUUGAUGACAGCUUUGCACACUCUUGGCAUUCUCUCAACCAGCUUCACCUGGAAUGCUUUUCCAAUAGUCUUGAAGGAGUUCCCACAUAUGCUGAGCACUUGUUGGCUGCUUUUCCUUCAAUCUGUGGUCUGACUCAUCCCAAACCAUCUCAAUUGGGUUGAGGUCAGGGAAUUGUGUAGGCCAGGGCAUCUGAUGCAGCACUCGAUCACUCUUCUUCUUGGUAAAAUAGCCCUAACACAGCCUGUAGGUGUGUUGGGUCAAUGUCCUGUUGAAAAACAAAUUAUAGUCCCACUAAGCCCAACCCAGAUGGGAUGGCAUAUCGAUGCAGAAUGCUGUGGUAGCCAUGCUGGUUAAGUGUGCCUUGAAUUCUAAAUGAAUCACAGACAGUGUCACCAGCAAAGCACCCCCACACCAUAACACCUCCUCCUCCAUGCUUUACGGUGGGAAAUACACAUGCGGAGAUCAUCCGUUCACCCACACCGUGUCUCACAAAGACACGGCGGUUGGAACCAAAAAUCUCCAAUUUGGACUCCAGACCAAAGGACAAAUUUCCACCGGUCUAAUGUCCAUUGCUCGUGUUUCUUGGCCCAAGCAAGUCUCUUCUUCUUAUUGGUGUCCUUUAGUAGUGGUUUCUUUGCAGCAAUUCGACUAUGAAGGCCUGAUUCACGCAGUCCCCUCUGAACAGUUGAUGUUGAGAUGUGUCUGUUACUUGAACUCUGUGAAGCAUUUAUUUGGGCUGCAAUUUCUGAGGCUGGUAACUCUAAUGAACAUAUCCUCUGCAGCAGAGGUAACUCUGGGUCUUCCAUUCCUGUGGUUGUCCUCAUGAGAGCCAGUUUAAUCAUAGCGCUUGAUGGUUUUAGCGACUGCACUUGAAGAAACUUUAAAAGGUUCUUGAAAUGUUCCCUAUUUACUGAUUUUCAUGUCUUAAAGUAAUGAUGGACAAUAAUUUUUCUUUGCUUAUUUGAGCUGUUCUUGCCAUAAUAUGGACUAAUAUGGAUCCCAAAUAGGGCUACUGCAUGAUUCCAUAUGUGUUAUUUCAUAGAUUUGAUGUCUUCACUAUUAUUCAACAAUGUACAAAAUAGUAAAAAUAAAGAAAAACCCUGGAAUGACUAGGUGUUCUAAAACUUUUGACUGGUAGUGUAUAUGUACAGUCGUGGUCAAAGGUUUUGAGACUGACACAAGUAUUGGUCUUCGCAAAGUUCGCUGCUUCAGUGUUAUGAGAUAUUUUUGUCAGAUGUUACUAUGGUAUACUGAAGUAUAAUUACAAGCAUUACAUAAGUAUCAAAGGCUUUUAUUGACAAUUACAUUAAGUUUAUGGAAAGAGUUAAUAUUUGCAGUGUUGACCCUUCUUUUUCAAGACCUCUGCGAUCCGCCCUGGCAUGCUGUCAAUUAACUUCUGGGCCACAUCCUGACUGAUGGCGGCCCAUUCUUGCAUAAUCAAUGCUUGGAGUUUGUCAGAAUUAGUGGGUUUUUGUUUGUCCACCCGCCUCUUGAGGACCAACCACAAGUUCUCAAUGGGAUUAAGGUCUGGGGACUUUCUUUCCUGGCCAUGGACCCAAAAUGUCAAUGUUUUGUUACCCGAGCCACUUAGUUAUCACUUUUGCCUUAUGGCAAGGUGCUCCAUCAUGCUGGAAAAGGCAUUGUUCGUCACCAAACUGUUCUUGGAUGGUUGGGAGAAGUUGCUCUCGGAGGAUGUGUUGGUACCAUUCUUUAUUCAUGGCUGUGUUCUUAGGCAAAAUUGUGAGUGAGCCCACUCCCUUGGCUGAGAAGCAACCCCACACAUGAAUGGUCUCAGGAUGCUUUACUGUUGGCAUGACACAGGACUGAUGGUAGCGCUCACCUUGUCUUCUCCGGACAAGCUUUUUUCCAGAUGCCCCAACCAAUUGGAAAGGGGAUUCAUCAGAGAAAAUGACUUUACCCCAGUCCUCAGCAGUCCAAUCCCUGUACAUUUUGCAGAAUAUCAGUCUGUCCCUGAUGUUUUUCCUGGAGAGAAGUGGCUUCUUUGCUGCCCUUCUUGACACCAGGUCAUCCAAGUAUUUGCCUCACUGUCCUUUUGUGGCAGGGCUGAAAUGCAGUGGAAAUGUUUUUUGGGGGAUUAAGUUCAUUUUCAUGGCAAAGAGGGACUUUGCAAUUAAUUGCAAUUCAUCUGAUCACUUCAUAACAUUCUGGAGUAUAUGCAAAUUGCCAUCAUCAAAACUGAGGCAGCAGACUUUGUGAAAAUUAGUUUUUGUGUUAUUCUCAAAACUUUGGUGUGUGUUCCUGUCUGUGAGUUGCAAUUCAACGGCUCAGACACGAGACGUAUGUGGCAGGGUCUACAGACAAUCACGGACUACAAAAGGAAAACCAGCCACGUCGCCAACACCGACGUCUCGCUUCCAGACAAGCGAAACACCUUCUUCGCCCGCUUUGAGGAUAAUACAGUGCCACCGACGCGGCCCGCUACCAAGGACUGUGGGCUCUCCUUCUCCGUGGCCAACGUGAAUAAGACAUUUAAGCGUGUAAAACCUUGCAAGGCUGCCGGCCCAGAUGGCAUUCCUAGCCGCACCCUCAGAGCAUGCGCAGACCAGCUGUCUGGAAUGUGUUUACAGACAUAUUCAAUCUCUCCCUUUCCCAGUCUUGUGUCCCCACAAGCUUCAAGAUGGCCACCAUUGUCCCUGUACCCAAGAAAGCAAAGGUAACUGAACUAAAUGACUAUCGCCCCUUAGAACUCAGUUCUGUCAUCAUGAAGUGCUUUGAGAGACUAGUCAUUUCACCUCUACCUUACCUGCCACCCUAGACCCACUUCAAUUUGCUUACCGCCCCAGAGUUGCAAAGAAAAAGCCAUAUCUCAGACUGCCCAUCUUAAUCUUCUAUUUUUAUUGGCCAGUCUGAGAUAUGGCUUUUUCUUUUCAACUCUGCCUAGAAGCUCAGCAUCCCGGAGUCGCCUCGUUGAUGUUGAGACUGGUGUUUUGCGGGUACUAUUUAAUGAAGCUGUCAGUUGAGGACCUGUGAGGCGUCUGUUUCUCAAACUAGACACUCUAAUGUAUUUGUCCUCUUGCUCAGUUGUGCACCGGGGCCUCCCACUCCUCUUUCUAUUCUGGUUACAGCCAGUUUGAGCUGUUCUGUGAAGGGAGUAGUACACAGCAUUGUACAAGCUCUUCAGUUUCUUAGCAAUUUCUCGCAUGGAAUAGCCUUCAUUUCUCAGAACAAGAAUAGACUGACGAGUUUCAGAAGAAAGUUAUUUGUUUCUGGCCAUUUUAAGCCUGGAAUCGAACCCACAAUUGCUGAUGCUCCAGAUACUCAACUAGUCUCAAGAAGGCCAGUUUUAUUGCUUCUUGAAUCAGCACAACAGUUUUCAGCUGUGCUAACAUAAUUGUAAAAGGGUUUUCUAAUGAUCAAUUAGCCUUUUAAAAUGAUCAACUUGGAUUAGCAAACACAACGUGCCAUUGGAACAUUUACAUUUACAUUUACGUCAUUUAGCAGACGCUCUUAUCCAGAGCGACUUACAGUUAGUGAAUACAUAUAUAUAUAUAUAUAUUUUUUAUACUGGCCCCCCGUGGGAAUCGAACCCACAACCCUGGCGUUGCAAACGCCAUGCUCUAUCAACUGAGCUACAUCCCUGCCAGCCAUUCCCUCCCCUACCCUGGACGACGCUGGGCCAAUUGUGCGCCGCCCAUGAGUCUCCCGGUCGCGGCCGGCUGCGACAGAGCCUGGAUUCGAACCAGGAUCUCUAGUGGCACAGUUAGCACUGCGAUGCGGAACACAGGACUGAUGGUUGCUGAUAAUGGGCCUCUAUACUCCUAUGUAUAUAUUCCAUAAAAAAUCAGCCGUUUCCAGCUACAAUAGCCAUUUACAACAUUAACAAUGUCUACACUGUAUUACUGAUCAAUUUGAUGUUAUUUUAAUGGACAUUUUUUAUUUUUUUAUUUUGAAAACAAGGACAUUUCUAAGUGACUCCAAACUUUUGAACGGUAGUGUACAUAUGAAUUAAGGAAAUUGCCCCAGAUCCCUCUGUCAAUAUUUUCUGGGUAGUCCCCGAAGGGCUCACUCUCUGCAACACCCAAGUAAAGGCCAUAGCCAUCUCAUCCCGCCCACUUGUUCUUUUGAAGUGGAAGUCAGGUACCCCGCCAUCGCAUGCUCACUGGGUCAGGGAUGUUAUGGUCCAUCUUAAACUUGAGACGCUAAAAUAUUCCACCCGUGGCUCCUCUGAAAAGUUUUAUAAGGUCUGGCAGCAAUUACUCAAUUGCUUUGAGAGUAAACUCUGCUCUGAGAACUUAAUAUAGCCUCUGUAAUCCCCCCCCCCCCCCAACCCCAUCAUAUCAUUUUAAUAUAUCUAUGUACUAUUUCUAUUAACAUCCAGAUACUUACUUAUAUAGUAUUAUUUUAUUUAUUAUUAUUAUUACUCUUUUUUUUCUGUUGCAUAGGAUAGUAUCAAUGUAACUCCUUUCUGAGGAGAGGAGAGGAGAGGAGAGGAGAGGAGGAGAGGAGAGGAGGGAGAGGAGAGGAGAGGAGAGGAGAGGAGAGGGAGAGGAGAGGAGAGGAGAGGAGAGGAGAGGAGAGGAGAGGAGGAGAGGAGAGGAGAGGAGAGGAGGGGAGGGGAGGGAGGGGAGAGGAGAGGAGAGGAGAGGGAUGCGGAUUCUUGUACGCUUGCCGUACGUUAGUCGUACUGAUUGCAUUCAUGAACUUGCGUAGUACUGGAUGGCUGUGUUCAGAUGUAUGGUUAGGAUUUAAUCUGAAUCUAGAUGUAUCAGAAGACACUGUGCAUCGUCAUUUGUAGUUUGUACUGGGAGGCGAUGGUAUCUGUCUCUGUUAGUGUACUGAUGGUGAUAUCAUUCAAUCUGUUAGUGUACUAAGCUGGGGGCUGUGAUAUCAUGUCAAUCUGUUAGUGUACUAAGGGGAGGCUGUGAUAUCUGUCAAUCUGUUAGUGGUACUAAGGGGAGGCUGGUGAUAUCAUGUCAAUCUGUUAGUGGUACUAAGGGGAGGCUGGUGAUAUCAUGUCAAUCUGUUAGUGUACUAAGGGGAGGCUGGUGAUAUCAUGUCAAUCUGUUAGUGGUACUAAGGGGAGGCUGGUGAUAUCAUGUCAAUCUGUUAGUGUACUAAGGGGAGGCUGGUGAUAUCAUGUCAAUCUGUUAGUGGUACUAAGGGGAGGCUGGUGAUAUCAUGUCAAUCUGUUAGUGGUACUAAGGGGAGGGCUGGUGAUAUCAUGUCAAUCUGUUAGUGGUACUAAGGGGAGGCUGGUGAUAUCAUGUCAAUCUGUUAGUGGUACUAAGGGGAGGCUGGUGAUAUCAUGUCAAUCUGUUAGUGGUACUAAGGGGCGGCUGGUGAUAUCAUGUCAAUCUGUUAGUUGUACUAAGGGGGGCUGGUGAUAUCAUGUCAAUCUGUUAGUUGUACUAAGGGAGGCUGGUGAUAUCAUGUCAAUCUGUUAGUGGUACUAAGGGGAGGCUGGUGGUAUCAUGUCAAUCUGUUAGUGGUACUAAGGGGAGGCUGGUGAUAUCAUGUUAAUCUGUUAGUGGUACUAAGGGGCGGCUGGUGAUAUCAUGUUAAUCUGUUAGUGGUACUAAGGGGCGGCUGGUGAUAUCAUGUCAAUCUGUUAGUGGUACUAAGGGGCGGCUGGUGAUAUCAUGUCAAUCUGUUAGUUGUACUAAGGGGAGGCUGGUGAUAUCAUGUCAAUCUGUUAGUGGUACUAAGGGGAGGCUGGUGGUAUCAUGUCAAUCUGUUAGUGGUACUAAGGGGAGGCUGGUGAUAUCAUGUUAAUCUGUUAGUGGUACUUUUUGAGACGUUUCAUUUUGUAUUCAGCAUAACAGCAUGUAGCCCCAGUAUUGUGUUGGCAUUUUGAUAAGUUAAACCACAGAUGACAAAAAGUGAAUAUAUGGUACUGUGUUGUUGGUAAACUGUCACAUAAUCAGACAUGCUUUAAAGUCAUGAAAGCUGCCAAAGCUCUCUGUGUGUUCAGCAAAAGGCUCAUCAGACUUUUUCCAUCUAUUUGAAAGCCUUGAAAUGAAAGUCCUCAGCGGCCUGUGAGCCAGAUCUUUACUUAGACCGUAUUUGUCCUCUCCAGUGGUGUUGCUUUUCGGUGUUAGGACAGCAGUACUCAUGGGCUGCAUUUCUGCUCUUCGAAUGCGUCCCGAAGAGGCACCCUAUUCCCUACGUAGUGCACUACUUUUGACCAGAGCCCUGCUAAUAGGAUGGAAAUAGGAAUAGGAUGCCGUUUGGGACUCAGCCCUCCUCUCAUCUCCAUGUCCUUAAGCAACAGCUCCUGACUGGAACUCAGUCCCAGCACUGCUAGCUAGCUGCUUUUAGUAACCCCACUUGAUGCUAUGGAUUAAUAGCCAUUAAGCUAUGUGGAGAGCACUCUACUUCCCAGCUAAUGCUCAGCCAAGGCCUGCAGUGUGUUGUGUCCUGUCUUACGUAGGAAGGACCAGAAAAGUGCACAAAGACUAUAAAAAAAAAACACCAGCAAAUCAGCUCCAACUUAUUUUAAUUUUGGAAAAUCGGUUCCAAAGUAUUCCCAUGCAUAAUAGAGAGACGUCCACUGAGUAUACAAAAUAUUAAGAACACCUGUUCUUUCCAUGACAUAGACUGACUAGAAGAAACUCAAUAUUUGGAAGGUGUUCCUAAUGUUUGGUAUACUCAGUUUUCACUACAUGGCCAAAAGUAUGUGGACAACUGUUUGUCGAACAUCUCAUUCCAAAAUCAUGGUCAUUAAUAUGGAGUUGGUCCCCCCUUUGCUGCUAUAACAGCCUCCACUCUUCUGGGAAGGCUUUCCACUAGAUGUUGGAACAUUGCUGCGGGGACUUGCUUCCAUUCAGCCACAAGAGCAUUAGUGAGGUCAGGCACUGAUGUUGGGCGAUUAGGCCUGGCGCGCAGUCGCCGUUCCAAUUCACACAAAGGGGCUCUGUGCAGGCCAGUCAAGUUCUUUCACACCAAUCUCGACAAACCAUUUCUGUAUGGACCUCGCUUUGUGCACGGGAGUAUUGUCAUGCUGAAACAGGAAAGGGCCUUCCCCAAACUGUUGCCACAAAGUUGGAAGCACAGAAUCGUCUAAGAUAUCGUUGUAUGCUGUAGAGUUAAGAUUUCCCUUCACUGGAACUAAGGGGCCUAGCCCGAACCAGCCCCAGACCAUUAUUCCUCCUCUACCAAACUUUACACUUGGCACUAUGCAUUCGGGCAUCCGCCAAACCCAGAUUUGUCUGUCGGACUGCCAGAUGGUGAAGCGUGAUUCAUCACUCCAGAGAACGCGUUUCCACUGCUCCAGGGUCCAAUAGAGGAGAGCUUUACACCACUCCAGCCGACGCUUGGCAUUGUGCAUGGUGAUCUUAGGCUUGUGUGCGGCUGCUUGGCCAUGGAAACCCAUUUCAUGAAGCUCCCGACGAACAGUUAUUGUGCUGACCUUGCUUCUAGAGGCAGUUUGGAACUCGGUAGUGAGUGUUGCAACCGAGGACAGACCAUUUUUACGCGGUACGCGCUUCAGCACUCGAGCUUGUGUGGCCUACCACUUCGCGGCUGAGCCGUUGUUGCUCCAAGACGUUUCCACUUCACAAUAACAGCACUUACAGUUGACCGUGGCAGCUCUAGCAGGGCAGAAAUUUGAUGUGAUGAACUGACUUGUUGGAAAAUUGGCAUCCUAUGACGGUGCCACAUUGAAAGUCACCGAUCUCUUCAGUAUGGGCCAUUCUACUGCCAAUGUUUGUCUAUGGAGAUUGCAUGUCUGUGUGCUCGGUUUUAUACACCUGUCAGCAACGGGAGUGGCUGAAAUAGCAAAAUCCACUCAUUUAAGGGGUGUCCACAUACUGCUGUGUAUAUAGUGUAUGACAGGGAGGAUGAUGUCACUGAUGAUGUCACUGACGUCUAUUUCUUAUGCCUUUUCCUGCGUGAAAAACACAGAAUUCUGCGUUAACAGGACCCCUAAGUUUAACCUGCAAUCUAAGUAAGUGGCUGAAUGAAUAAGGUGACGGGCAUCAUACUGUGUUCGCUUUCUGCCGUGUUUGGGAAGUCGAAGCCCGUUGGAUGAGUUAUCUGAGUUAUCUGAGUUCUGUCCAGCUGCCAUUUUUUCUCCUCUCUGUUCUAGGCCCGUCUGCUCCUCCCCCCUCUGCUCCUUCCCCCUCUGCUCCUCCCCCAUCUUCUCUGAGCAGAUCAGGCAGGCCCGUUGCCCUAGCGACUCCAAGCAGAGCAGGCAGGCCCGUUGCCCUAGCGACUCCAAGCAGAGCAGGCAGGCUCGUUGCCCUAGCGACUCCAAGCAGAGCAGGCAGGACUGUUGCCCUAGCGACUCCAGACUCCACACAGACACAACGUGUACACAUGCUGCUGGAGAACCAGCACUGUUCUUCCUUCAGACAAGCAUGAACUAUAUAUAGUAUACAGAUAAAGCAACUGUCUGUCUCUCUCUCUCUCUCUCUCUCUCUCUCUCUCUCUCUCUCUCUCUCUCUCUCUCUCUCUCUCUCUCUCUCUCUCUCUCUCUCUCUCUCUCCUCUCUCUCUCUCUCUCUCUCUCUCUCUCUCUCUCUCCUCUAUAUAGAUAUAUAUAUAUAUAUAUAUAUAUAUAUAUAUUUAUAUAUCUCUCUCUCUCUCUCUUUACCUCUCUCUUUUCAUCUCUCCCUCUCUAUGAGUGAUUCAGAUUGAGUUGAUUCAUAUUGAGCUGAUUCAUAUUGAGUUGAUUCAUAUUGAGCUGAUUCAUAUUGAGUGAUUCAUAUUGAGUUGAUUCAUAUUGAGUGAUUCAUAUUGAGUGAUUCAUAUUGAGUUGAUUCAUAUUGAGUUGAUUCAUAUUGAGCUGAUUCAUAUUGAGUUGAUUCAUAUUGAGCUGAUUCAUAUUGAGUUGAUUCAUAUUGAGUGAUUCAUAUUGAGUUGAUUCAUAUUGAGAUGGAAGUAGAAGAGAAUUAGGACAGGAGAAUUACAGGAAGGUAACAUUCAGAUGACCUGUAAUAUGGAGUAAAUUGUGUCUCCCAAAUUGCACUCUAUUUCCUACAUAGUACACUACUUUUGACCAGGGCACAUAGGAUGGGAUGUUCUUCGUUCACAAUCUGACUACCAGGCCAUAGCUCAGAUAGUGACACCACGUCCACCUCUGGUAAUAGAAUGAUUUAGUGCUGUAACUCCUUCCAAAAUCAUCUGAUUUAGUGCUGAAUGAUGUAGUGUUGGUGUAACUCCCUCUAAAACAUGAAGGGUUGUUUUGUCUUGCUUUCCAGGAGGAAGAAUUCCCCCAGACGUUUCGGUGUCAGCUUUCUUCAACGUGUUCCAACGUUGUGUUUUAUCUAAACUCCUCUUUCUUUUCUAUGUCAUUCAGAGCGUGGAGAGUUUGGGCCGGUGUUUGUCCAGGAACCACAUGACGCCAUCUUUGCGUUGGACUCUGAGGAGAAGAAAGUGAUGAUGAGCUGUGAAGCCAGAGGCAACCCUGUACCUGUAUACAGGUAUGUCUCUGUCUAUGUCUCUAACCCUAUACCCUAUACCUCUAUCUAACCCUAUACCUCUAUCUAACCCUAUACCUCUAUCUAACCCUAUACCUGUAUCUCUCUCUCUCUCUGUCUCUCUCUCUCUCUCUCUCUCUCUCUCUCUCUCUCUCUCUCUGUCCAUCUCUCUCUCUCUCUCUCUCUCUCUCUCUCUCUCUCUCUCUCUCUCUCUCUCUCUCUCUCUCUCUCUCUUACUCUCUCUCUCUCUCUCUGAUUUCUCGCCAGAAAUCUUUCUGAUUGAGAGGGGGUCAAAUACUUAUUUCCCUCAUUAAAAUGCAAAUCAAUUUAUAACAUUUUUGACAUGCGUUUUUCUGGAUUUUUUUGUUGUUAUUCUGUCUCUCAAUGUUCAAAUAAACCUACCAUUAAAAUUAUAGACUGAUAAUUUCUUUGUCAGUGGGCAAAUGUACAAAAUCAGCAGGGGAUCAAAUACUUUUUUCCCUCACUGUAUAUUCAUAAUAAUCCGAGCCACAGUUUUUUCUACUGUUCGCUUUUUAAUGGAGGAAUGUAACCAUGCUCUUUGGUAUCAUUGUGUAUGUCUGCAGUUGGUUCAUCAAUGGAACAGUAGUGGACGUGGAGGCAGAUUACCGUUACAGCUUGAUCGACGGCAACUUGAUAAUAACCAACGCCAGUGAGACGGCUGACUAUGGGAGAUACCAGUGUAAGGUGGAGAACAGCUACGGGACGAUCCUGAGUCGGGACGCCCUGCUACAGUUUGCC